GUCCGACUCCCGACCCACACCGUCCAACUAGUCGCCGACAACUGUGGAGUGUGCCCUACCUAAGCGAUGCAGCUACAGCAAAAACGCUGCUUCUACAGCAAAAACGCUGCUUAAGAGGUAGGAUUUGGUUUUUUUUAGGGGAAUGGCCUGUGCGUUAAGCGCGGGCAAGCCUCCCCGCCAGAGGCGUCGAAGAAGAAGGGCUGCACUCUCCUCACUGACACCGGCGUCUUGGCCCCCUACUUUGCUUCGGCUUUCGCUUCGCCGCAUGCCUAUUCUGUUCUCAUACGCCAUGUUUCCUGUCAAAGAAGGCAACUGCCGACCUACAUACUGCCUGUUAUGCGAGACGUCAGCUCCCACAGCGCUGGGGUCUAUGUACGCGACGCAGCCCCCAAGACACGCGAAAAUGGGAAUGGGAAUGGUUUCAACUCGGGCUUUUGCGAAGGAUCUGGAUGGGACCGCAGGUUCUCGAGGUUCUCUGCGAAACAAACAUCAAUCUGCCCUACGAUCGUACUUAUCUCCGUUUCGGCAUCAGUCGAUUUACAGUACCUAUAUCCCACUGUACUUCGUACGUAUUACUUUGCGGUGGCGAGUAGGAUGGCUCGAACUCAACUACAUACCCCGCAGCCGCUGAUUUAUUAGGUCAUCCUCGAUUCACCGG